UCUGGCAGGCUGUGCCACACUCUUGAGGGCGGGCUCCAAGGCACACUCGACGAAAUCUCUAUCUGCUCCCGGCAUUCUCUCUCUGCUUCCACAGGUCUGACCGUGUUUUGAGACCAUCACCAUGGCUGAUCACACUUCUCCAGAUUACUUCAGCUGCACCUUAUGUCAGAACCUUCUGAAGGAUCCAGUGGCUAUCCCCUGUGGCCACAGUUUCUGUAUGGACUGCAUCAGCGGCUACUGGAAUGAGGCUGACUACACAGGGAUUUACAUUUGUCCCCAAUGUAAGAUCACAUUUACCCAGAGGCCUGUACUGCGGCCCAAUGCCACUCUGAGUCUGGUGGCUGAGAAGAUCAAGAAAAGCGGUCUGAACCUCAACCUGAACACAUCCCAGGGGAACAUCUACGCCGGGCCAAGUGAUGUCCCCUGUGACUUCUGCUCUGGGAAGAAACUAAAGGCUGUUAAGUCCUGUCUGAACUGUCUGGCAUCUUACUGCGAGAAGCACCUGAAGCCCCACUAUGAAUCAGCCACAUUCAAAAGGCACAAGCUGGUGGAUGAGCUGGGAAACCUGGACAGGAAGAUCUGCCCGCAGCACCAGAAGUCGCUGGAGCUCUUCUGUCGAACAGACCAGAUGUGUAUCUGUGCUAUCUGCACAGUCAGUGAACACAAGGGCCAUGACAUUGUCUCAGCUGAGGCAGAGAGGGGUGAUAAACAGAAACUCUUGGGAAUCUCACAGGCUGAGAUUAGACAAAAAUGCCAGGAGAGGGUGAAGGAGCUGGACGAACUGAAGACUGCUGUGGAUUCACUGAAGAACUCCGCCCAGAGAGCCAUGGUGGAGAGCCAGAAGAUGUUUGAGGACAUGAUCCGCUCCAUUGAGAGGAUGAGGUCAGAGGUGACCAAGUUGAUUGGUAUCAACGAGAAGGCUGCUUUCAACCAGGCUGAGGCUUUGAUCGAGCGGCUGGAACAAGAAAUCGAUGAACUGAAGAAAAAGGAGUCUGGCCUGAAGCAGCUGUACAGCACUGACGACCACAUCCACUUCCUGCAGAACUUCAACUACCUGUGCACCCCCACUGAUGAUGGAUUCAUACCUCGAGUGACGGUGAACCCUGACUUCUCCUUCGGGUCUGUCAGGAAAGCUGUGGCUGAGAUCAAAGACCGCCUUGAGGAGUUUGGGAGAGAAGAGCUUCUGAAGAUCUCCAAAUCAGUUAAUGAGGUUCCAGUCUAUACUACAGAAAGUCGAACAUUGGACAGAAGGAGCAGAGUCAAAGAAAUGACAGUGGACAGCGCUCCUCCUCCAGAGCCAAAGAGCAGAGCAGAUUUUGUGAAAUACUUCUGCCAGCUGAAAUUGGACCAUAGCACAGCCUAUAAGGAGCUGUACAUCUCUGAAAACAACAGAAAAGUCAUCCGCACCAGGGACCUGCAGCCCUACAACGACAACACAGAGAGGUUUGACAGCUUUGCUCAGGUGCUGUGCCGAGAGGGCCUGUCCGGAGGCCGCUUCUACUGGGAGAUUGAGUGGAGCGGGGAGUUCUCCAUCGGCGUGGCCUACAAGAGCAUCAGCCGAAAGGGAAAAGGCUCACUGUGUCUGCUGGGCUACAACGACAAAUCCUGGAGUCUACUCUGUUCCGAGACAGGUUACUCUGCCUGGCACAACCGCGUGGACAAACCAAUCAACGGCCCCCACUCCCCCAGGUUAGGCGUGUACCUGGACCACAAUGCAGGUGUGCUGGCUUUUUAUAGCAUUAGCAGCAGCAUGACCCUCCUGCACAGGUUUGAGACCACAUUUGUUGAGCCGAUCUAUCCAGGCUUUGGAGUUGGAACCUCAGUCAAGAUCUGCAAUAUCAAGUGAACAUUGUUAUCUGAGCUCUCAUUUGAAAACCUGACAGUACUUUCUAUGUGUUUUUCUUAUAAUACACAGCACACUUUUGGAAGAUAUAUUUUUGCAAUGAUUUGAAACUGUACCAAACCACACUGAUGAAAUUAUGUUGUGUACUGUUGAAGAAGAAUGUUUCACCCAAAUGUGUAUAUACUGUUUUUUUUAACAUCAUAUAUUAAGUUUUGCAUUGUGCUGUGAAAUCAUAUUUUCAGGAUAGUUUUCUAUCCAAGAUAUUACUACAUAAAACUACACAAUUCAAAUAAUUACUACUUAAUCACACACGUACAAUAUUAAGAGAAGUGUUAUUCCUUUUAGUAUCUGAUAAUAACUGCUGGAUAAUGUAAUAAUAUGUCAGUAUGUAAUAAAUCAGCUAAACCGGUAAAUGUAGGAUGUUUUGAGAGUUACAUCAUCACAUUUUUACAUUGACCCACAUUAAUGACUUCAUAGCAUGUGAUAUACAGUACCAGUCAGGGUUUGGACACACCUGCAUUCCAAGGGUAGUCUAAACUUUGACUGAUACUGCACUUAAAGUGAUGAUGUAAUUGCAAGUCAUGAUGAAUGUAAUCUGAGAUAACCAGAGGUACAUUUUCUUAUGAUGAGUCACAACAUCGCUGGUAAAUAUUAUUGAAUUCAGAAGAAUAUUUCAUCAUGUUCUUUUAUUUUUUUAUGUUAUGACAUUAUCUUACAGUUGUUACGUCGCAUCAGUUGUUAAGUGUUUUUUCCCCCACUUGAACUAACCCUUAUUUAAUUUUGUGUAUGUUUAUAACAGUAUAUAAUGGACAACCAGAGUAUAAUUGUUAUCCAAAAAAGAUUUGUUUUGUAACAAAAUUAUUCAUUGAUAGUUCUAAAUAAAGGGCUACAAGAAUUGAUCAAUUAUUGUGUGUUUUGAGAUGAUUUUCUAUUUUUAUAUACAAACAUAAAUACUGGACAAUAUGGUGUUUUAUCAAUGUUGUGAAAUUAAGUAUUUAAAUGAUAAAUUAGAACUACUUACUUUGUGCAUUUACAAUGGC